AUGGCCGGUAUAGCAAGCAUGCCAGAACCUCGUAAUCCCACAGGCGACCCCACACCUCCGCCGACCUUCACGUCAACGAAACUGAACAAACCCACGAAUGGGACGUUGGACGCGAUCCUUGAGGACAGGGAGCUCCGGCGCCUCCUCCAGAACUACACCUCCUCCACACGGAGGACUUGCGACAUGUUUGUCCAGUUACUGAAUUGUGCAAGUCGUCUCAUACACGACAAAUGGGCGUCGGACAAGAAGCUGAUAAUUUUCCGCGACGGCCACGUACACAAACAAAGAGGCCUGCUCCACGAAUUCCACGCUGGAGCGCUGGAUCUCGGCAUGGUCAUCGACGUCACACACGGCCUCACUGAUGUCGACCUCGACAACAGCCUCCCGUGGUACCUGGUGUCGUCCACCGUCGAAUGGCAAGGAGAACGCGACCCAGGGACACAGAUCGCGUCCGCGCUCUACCCUGGCGGCUACCUGGAGCUGGCGAACCAUUGCCGACCAGACUUGGUCACCAUGUACGGGAUCCUCGCCUCGCCCGGCGGGUAUUCCAUCCUGUACCACUCCCCGUUCGGGGUGCAGGAGUCGCGGGAGUUUGGUUGGAGCGAUGUUGGCACGCUACUGGCGUACAUCUACACGCUGUAUGCUCCCCGCCCCGACUUGCCCUCGCGCGACCCCACCAUCAGCCGCGCUACGACCACGGACAUCUACGCACCACCGGCGUGGAAUGUCUGCGCCGGCGGGGAGGUUUACGAGAACUGUGUCUCGAAGUGCGGCAGAGACAAGACGUGGGUGGCCAGGGCGGGGGCUUCGCCGGUGACGAUCAAGGACACGUACCGCGACGUCGGCGCGUGUUUCAGAGAGGGCGAAAUCUACGAUAUCCUCCACAAGAACGGCCCGGCGCCUGGGUUCCUGAAAGUCAAGAAGGAAUACGAUGUGCGAUGCGGCGGUCGUCGUAUUGCGGUUACGUCCGGCAAUGUGACGUGGGUUAAGAAGAGGCUUGUUAUGCACACUUAUGGGCAACCUCUGCGCAAAUGCGCGUCGCUGGUUGAGUUCUUGAAAUGCAUGUACGACAUCCUCGAAGCUCAUCGCUGGGCGGUGCAGGAGCGGAAUAUCCUCCAUCGCGACAUCAGUAUGGGCAAUAUUCUGGUCCACGCUGAUGACCUCGAUGACGGUCAACAGUUCACUGACCUAGAGCAUCGUCCGAUCUUCGUUAACGAGGUUCUGAACGGCGAUUUCCGCGCUCCCCCAAUGGGUCGGCUGGCGGAUAUGGACAACGCGGCAGAACUGGUCCCAGAGAAAGCGGUAUCACUUAACUUCGUCUUGAAGAAAAACCGUCUAAAGGUCCAGCCCCUGCGUUGUCGUGUUGGCACGCCGAUGUACAUCGCCCGUUCUCCCGCCGCUGCGCGCAUACUUGACUACGACCUCUGUUUCGACUUCAUGCCAGAAUUACCAAGCGACCUCGCCGAAAAAUACUGCAAGGCGUACUCCACUGAUCGGUCAGGCAUGCGAACAUUCGAAGAGGGCGAACUCUCCUUCCACGGCGGCAUUGUUGACCGCAAGAUGAGGACGGAGUACAGAGACAACAGGGCACUGCGCGCGACACGGUUUCAGCAUCGCCCCCGCCACGAUGCGGAGUCUGUGUUCUGGUGCAUGGCGGUGUUUCUGCUGCUCGCCGUGCCCCUGGGCAGCCCCGCGCAAGAUGCGGGAGACUUGCCACUCUACCACGCCUGGACGUGCAUCGGUGACCACGACCUCGAUCCUGCGGUGAUAGAUGAAAGACCUACUUUGAUCCAUGCCCGACGAUGGGAACAUUGGCUGCACAAGGACCUUGCGCACGCCGGACAACUCAUGAAUUUGUUGGCGGAUCAGGUGUCCCCCGAAUGGAGCUUGCUCACGCCGCCGCCUCACAUGUUCAACCUGCAUGAGGCGAUGCAGCGCAUCCUCCUCACGUACAUCCACAUGUGGGACAAUGGCGAAAAGGACGUCGGGUUCGAUACAGAGAGAUUGCGCGACACCACGGAUCCGUAUAACUGGAAGUACUGGGAGCAGAAAAGGAAGGAGAAUGUCGUUUCUCCCAAGGACGAGUCGCGUGGGAAGCGGCUGGCUGACGACAUUGAAGAGAAGGAGGAGCCUGGAGCAAAGAGACAGCGAAACGCAACGGAAGGGACUCCAUCAGAGGACGUGGUAGACCAUCAAAGCACACUUUCGACCCCUGGUUUGGCCUCUACCGGCUCGCUUUCUCCCCCGUCGUCGUUGGAUGUCCAUGGAGUCGACGCCGAGACUGGCGUAUGA